GUUUCCUCGAAAGAAACUUGGCAAGAAGCGAAAUUCUUGUGAUGAUGGGGAGAAGGGUUGAAUGGGAGAAAGGAGAUAAGUAUCAUGAAACUGCUCGUAUUCUUGGGAAAAGUUCUCAUUAUCAAAUCGUCCAAAAUACUACACAUUGUAAGCUUUUGCCAAGUCAUAUACUCCAAACAAUCAUUUAUAUCCUUGAACAAGUAACAAUUCUCAAAUCAAUCUAUACCAGCCAUCAACAUGCCUCUUUUCGGUCGUCACCAGGAAGAAUAUGAGCCAGAGCCAGUCGUAGAAGAGCCUAAGCGAAGCUCAUCUAUUUUUCAUCGUAACCGUACCGAGUCUGUCUCACCAUCCGAACGUUCCAUGUCCACCGUCUCCUCCACUCCAUCUCAAAGCAGCCGCAAUCGCGGAUUCCUACACAAGAAUCGGGAAGCUCAAGACCCAGUUAUUGCAGCUGCGGAGCAAAGAAUUAUUAAUGCCGAGCAAAUGGAGAGAGAAGCCGAUAGAGCAUUGAUUAAUGCUAGAGAGGCGGUAGCGGAAGCAAGAGAACAUAUGAGACAACUCAAGUUGGAGAUGGAAGCACAAGCAAAAGCAUUGAAGGUUCGACAAGGACAAGCGAACAACAUUUACAAGAGAGCCAAACCUCUUGGUCGUCAUCAAGUCCCAGGCCUGUGAAGAGCACCGUAUCCAAUGUGACACUCGUCACGAAUCGAAGCAUCUUCUUUGGGAUGAUCUGUAUGAAAAUUUAGCGAAAUCGGUUUUGGGAGGGAAGAUGAUUGUUUUUCCAGCGUGGAGUUGCGAGGAGCCAGCGAGACUUUUUGUAAUACGGUUGGGAUGCCAACAGCCAAUGAAUGUACUAUUAUUAUGAUCAUGAUGAUAACGAAUGCUAUUGAUACCAAUUUUCUUGAAACAUGGCAGUGAUGUGUGUCUGGCUGAGAAUGUCUUCGUGGAACAUUUCAUCGUGUUGGCCUCGUGUAUAGGCGCCCUCUUGUCAAGAUCAAAUGGGAAGAUAUGUUUUCGUAGGUUUGGCCCAAAAUGAAGCUAUUCCCA